AUGGCAUCCACCUUUUGGGCACUUGAUGCCGCUAGACGACGUCGAAAGGAUCCUGUCCCUGGCACGUCUAAGUGGGUCGCAAACGAGUUGUACACUGUCAAUUCAAAUGUGCUAUCUAGUUCUGAAAAGUUUGCUCAUGGGAUGAGCGAAGACUAUGAUAUGUUGAAUGGAUUUAUGAAAAGUGCCAUCAAUGGAAACGCAAUUAGAGAUUAUAUAACGAUACAUAGCAGCGGUACUAGCAGCAGCAAUUUGCCUAAGGAAUGGUCCGACAAGAGUGAGAGAAUCGUUGAUCGCAAAGAAGAGGGUGAAGUCCUCUUGGAUGAAGAAAAGGAAGAAGAAGAAGAAGAAGAAGAAGAAGAAGAAGAAAAUGGCCAACUCUCGACCAUAUUACACAGGCAGCCUGAAUUCUCAAGUGUUAUACACCUUCAGCAGAUACCUAUUCCUGAACCGGAUUCUGCCCCACCUCCCGUGUCUUCUCCAGUGGAACCAGCAAUAAAUUAUCCUUCGUCUGCUAAAGAUGGGUCGCCCAAGCUAUCAUUUUCCAAGAUUGAACCUCACACCAUAUUCCACACGAACUCCCCUGUCGGCUCAAACGUUAUAGAGGCGGAGGAAGAAGCAAAUAAUAAACAAGAUAUGGAUGAUUCAUUCCAAAAGAUAAAGACUGCUAUACGGAAAAGUAUUGCUAGAACUCCUGGAGGGAACUCAAAGAAGAUAAAUGUAAACAUGAGUUCGGCUACAAGCACACAGCCAUUACUGCUGUCAAUACCACAAGCUGUGUUCCAAUCUGUUGGAUCAUCAGUUCAAGAGGGAUCGCCUAGAAAUAGAAAGUCUGGCUUCGUUCCCCUCCCAACUAGGGAACCUUUAUCUUCUAUAGUCAAUAGAGAGAAAAGAGACUUCCUGGAUUCAAUCAAGAGAAAAUCGUCAAUGCACUACAAAAUCGAUGAACACAAAAAGGCAUCAAUACGGCCUCAGAACCUGACCCCCAAUGAACUGACAUCUACAAAUGUAGCUGUGCCUGUAACAGUCACAGCUCUGUCUCGUGAUUCUCGACGAGUAUCUCGUAUACUGUCCGUGAUUGAAAGCUUACAAGAUCGGAAGUCCUCUAGUGAAAAUAGUAGACGGGGCACAAUCCCACGAAAGCUAGACGAGAACACAAUUGGAAAUGCUUCCAAAGCAAGCGAUCCGGUAGUUAAAUCCGAGACAGAGACACAUAUCGAGAGAAGUGUAAAUAAUGAAACGAAUGUGAAGAAUGAAAACGAUAAGCAAAAUAAUGACAAGAACAAUGAUGGUGAUGAUGAUAAGAAUGUUAGUAAUUCCACUCCAGAGAAGAAAGAUCAAUACAUUGGGUUCACAGGCUCUGUGCUUCGUAGAGCUAGGAACUUAUUUCUUAGUGAACCCGCUUCCUCUAUCUAUAACAAGCAAGAUAAACCUUCAACUACUAUACUGAAGAAAUCUGAAAUACCUGAGCUCGAACUUCCCAGGCCAUCACUCAAGCCUCAAAUUCCAAAUAUCACUCGUUCUAGGUCAAGAUCAAGGUCACGUUCACCCACACGUACUAUUCAAAUCAAAACACCAAGGUCCCCAAUUAGGACUUCACCAACCAAGAAGGCUCAAAAAUCAGAUUAUAGCCCAGAUGGCACACCUCAGAAACCAAAGGAAGUAUUCAAGCAGACUGAUUUAAUAAAUCGUCUUAUGGCUCCAACCAGUUCAAGUGCUGCAAAAACAAGUAAGCCAAAACUUCCGGAGUUGAAGAAAGUUGAUAUUGGAGUGAAAAACAAAUUGCUUACGGCAACAUUAAAUCCGACUAAACCGCCUAAGUUCAGUCCAAAUAAGAAUAGAUAUGGUACAUUACGUCAACAGGUUUCUAAUAGACCUAUUCAAUCACCAGUAAAGAGGAUAGAUAAGAUUCUGAACGAUGCACAUGCUGAAGAACCUAAAAUGGACCCCACUGUACGAGAGCGUGAUUUAGACAAGGAGCGAGAGCGAGAGCGAGAUAGAGAUAGAGAUAGAGAGAGAGGAAGGAUCUACAAACCGAAACAAAAGAUAAUGAUUGCUGUUAACCACAAACUAGACACGAAUUUGCCUCCACUCAAGGCUUCCUUAUAUAAAUCUGACUUUGAACAUAACGAGGUAGAAGAAGAAAAUAAGAGAAGAAAAACCGACAAAUACUCUUCGCGUAGUACCGCAACUACUCCUGCAAGGAAAAGUAAAUACUCAGAGAAGAGUAGAAUAUCUUCAACGGGUGCAAGCAAUCCAUACAAAACUCCCGGUAAGAGUAAUAAGUCGCUGUUAGCGCCAUCUGAAUUGCCAGAAAUUCUUACAGACGAUGAAGAUGAUCGUGAAAAAAGAAUUUUUGAAAAUUGGGCCGAAACUCCUCAACUUAAGAGAGUGCUAUUGCAGCAACAAAAGAUUAACCCAGACUCCAUUUUCGGAGAAAUACCUCCCCUUGACAUCGAGGACAUAUUUGAGUCUCAAGCAUCUAGACAAAGAGGACGUGCGUCUUUAUCAAAUUGGUCUCCCGAAGCAAAAUGA